CGGCGGCGGCGGCUGCCGGCAGGAAGGGAGGCGAGCGCCGGGGGCGGCGGCAGCAGCAGCAGCAGGAGCAGCGGCAGCGGCAAAAGCCGGCUCGGGGCAUCUGAUUGGAGCCGCCGCGUCCGGGCAGCUCGCUCGCUCGCGCGGGCGGGGAGGCGGCCAAAGAGCCGCGCAGGAGGCAGCGGGAGGCGGAGGAUGCAGGCGAAGAAGUCCCGCGGCUCCUCGACGGGUAGCGGCGGCGGCAGCGGCGGUGGAAGCGGAGGAAGCAGCGGCGAGCUGCAAGGGGACGAAGCGCAGCGCGCCAAGAAGCGGAAAAAGAAGGGCUCGCGCUUCGCCAGCAUCCAGGUCUUCCUGGUGUCCGAGUGCGUCCUGAUGCUGGCCCAGGGCACCGUGGGCGCCUACCUGGUGAGUGUCUUGACCACUUUGGAACGGCGGUUCAACCUCCAGAGCGCUGACGUUGGGGUGAUCGCCAGUAGCUUUGAGAUCGGCAACUUGGUCCUCAUCCUUUUUGUGAGCUACUUUGGUGCCCGGGGACACCGGCCACGUUUGAUAGGAUGCGGUGGGAUCAUUAUGGCUUUGGGAGCCCUUCUCUCAGCUCUGCCAGAAUUCCUCACCUAUCAGUAUGAGUACGAAUCCGGAGAGAUCCGAUGGCGGGCUGAAGGGAGGGAUGUCUGCAUAGUCAACGGAUCCACUAGCGACGAGGGACCAGAUCCUGAUCGUAUCUGCAGGAGCAGGAGUGCUACGAACAUGAUGUAUUUGCUUCUCAUCGGAGCACAAGUCCUUCUGGGGAUCGGGGCAACUCCUGUGCAACCUUUGGGAGUCUCCUACAUCGAUGACCAUGUGAAGCGGAAGGAUUCUUCACUGUACAUAGGGAUCCUGUUUACAAUGCUGGUGUUUGGACCGGCCUGUGGAUUUAUCCUGGGAUCUUUCUGUACCAAAAUCUAUGUGGAUGCUGUCUUCAUUGACACAAGCAAGCUGGACAUCACCCCUGAUGACCCUCGGUGGAUUGGCGCAUGGUGGGCUGGCUUCUUGCUUUGCGGUGCCUUACUUUUCUUCUCGUCUCUCCCGAUGUUUGGAUUCCCACAGUCCCUGACCCACCAGCCGGAGCACAUAGCCGAGGUAGAGGAAGCCAUGUUGCCAGAAGGGGACUAUGAAAGGCCAAAGCCAAGCAAUGGGAUUCUCCCACCGCACUCCAUGGAAGCCAACGAUGAUCCAUCUUGCUUCCAGCAGCUGAGAGUGAUCCCAAAGGUAACUAAGCACCUGCUGUCCAAUCCGGUGUUCACCUGCAUUAUUCUCGCGGCUUGCAUGGAAAUUGCGGUGGUGGCAGGUUUUGCAGCCUUUCUUGGCAAGUACCUAGAACAGCAGUUCAAUCUCACAACGUCGUCAGCCAACCAGUUAUUAGGCAUGACGGCUAUUCCUUGUGCAUGUUUGGGCAUCUUCCUAGGAGGACUCUUGGUGAAGAAGCUGAGCCUUUCUGCCCUGGGUGCCAUUCAGAUGGCCAUGUUGGUCAGCCUGGUGUCCACGGCUUGCUACGUUUCUUUCCUUUUCCUGGGCUGCGAUACGGGACCUGUGGCUGGCAUUACUGUUCCCUAUGGAAACAAGUCAACCAUCUCCAGCUUGGCCCCCUAUUCUGCCUGCAAUAGCAACUGUAAAUGUCAAAUGGAUUCCUUCACUCCAGUUUGCGGGACCGAUGGGAUCACAUACUUAUCUGCCUGUUUUGCUGGUUGCACCAACAUGAAUCUCACCGGUUGCACCUGCCUCACCUUAGCCCCAGCCGGGGAUGCCACGGUCGUUCCUGGGAAGUGCCCCAGCCCUGGAUGCCAAGAAGCCUUCCUGACAUUUCUCUGUGUGAUGUGCGUCUGCAGCAUGAUUGGAGCCAUGGCCCAAACUCCCUCCGUCAUCAUCCUCAUCAGGAAUUCUGGGGGCCGAGGUGCAGUCCGAUCAGCAGUGAGCAGUUUACACAGCAGAUCUAAUAGAACGGAAGGGACAGUCAAUGGGUCUUCAUCUCCAGCUGUUGCUGAGCAAAGUACUGACAACAUUAAGCACCAUGACAAGACAGUUCAAUCCCAGUGGAUACACAAUGAGACGCUGUCACUGACCAUCAGAAAACACAUCCUGAAGUUUUUGGAUGCCGAGAAAGACAUCUCGGUGCUCAAGGGAACUUUGAAACCAGGAGACAUCAUCCACUAUGUGUUUGACAGAGACAGCACCAUGAAUGUUUCCCAAAACCUCUAUGCCCUCUUGCCGAGGACAUCCCCACUGAAGGGCAAGCACUAUCGGACCUGUGCCAUCGUAGGGAAUUCCGGCAUCCUGCUGAACAGCGGCUGCGGCAAGGAAAUUGACACCCACAGCUUUGUGAUAAGAUGCAAUUUAGCCCCGGUGCAGGAAUAUAUCCAUGACGUUGGAACGAAGACUGAUCUGGUCACCAUGAAUCCUUCUGUCAUCCAGCGUGCCUUUGAGGACCUGGUGAAUGACACUUGGCGGGAGAAGCUGCUUCAACGCCUUCAUAGCCUCAAUGGCAGCAUCCUUUGGAUCCCGGCAUUCAUGGCCAAAGGGGGCAAGGAACGGGUAGAGUGGGUCAACGAACUCAUCCUCAAGCAUCGCAUUAACGUCCGCACCGCCUACCCAUCUCUGCGACUGCUGCAUGCUGUACGAGGGUAUUGGCUGACGAACAAAGUAUAUAUCAAGCGCCCAACCACCGGUUUAUUGAUGUACACCCUGGCGACUCGCUUCUGCAACCAGAUUUACCUCUACGGUUUCUGGCCAUUUCCCCAAGGUCCAGACCAAAACCCCGUUAAGUACCACUACUAUGACAGCCUGAAAUACGGCUACAUGUCCCAGGCCAGUCCUCAUACCAUGCCUUUGGAAUUCAAAGCGUUAAAGCUCCUGCACCACCAAGGAGCCUUAAAACUCACAGUUGGGCCUUGCAAUGGAACUACGUAAAAAAAAAAAAAAAAGAGGCUUCUGGAAAGCCACUUUCCUGGAGGCUGUGCCCCAUGGGAGGAUUGGGGAGGGGAGGCUGGGAGGAGUGGUAGAUGGAGAGGUGGGUUUUCUUGGUUUGGGAGAAGAGCACAGACAUGGCCACCGGGGCUCUGCGUUGAAGUGGAGCCAGCGUUUGGUGCAAGGACCGGAAAAGCUGGGAAAGAACCUCUAAGAGAAGAUGGCCUUUGCCCUUCCCAGGCCUGGAAGCCACUGUGAUGUGUAUGGGUACUUUAGUGUGACAACUCAGUGUUAGGCCAGAUGUUGUGCGUGGUCUAGAAUUGGUAGGUAGGGCCCGUUUGGCUAAGAAAGCCGGGCGUUUCCCGGUUCGUGUUGUGUUCUUGGCUUAGUGGAUGUAGGGGGUAGGGAUUAAUCCUUAGAACUGCUGUUUUUUCGAGCAGGGAGGGAAAAAAGAGCAGAGACACUGCAGGUCAGUUCUCAGAAAGCUACUGGUCAAGGAGAGGUUAACUACGGAACUUUUUUCAACUGGGCCACCAGCUGUGCCCAUUCCGAAAAACCACAGAGCAACAAAAGCCAACUCAGGAUCCUCAGACACAAGAGGAUUGGCAUUUCUUGGCAUUUAUACUGGAAGAGAAAAUAUCAGCCAACAUUCAUCGGACGGCGUGGUUCAUCGUUUAUUUUUAUUUUUUUCAAAAGGAUAAAAGAAAGACAGAAGUGGGCUUAAAGGGGAGCAUUGUUUUUUUUUGUUUCCUGCUGUGGUUUUCCUCUUCCUUGGUAGAGAAGCCCCUUUCGGCGGCGCUAAAUAAGCGACGCCAGUCUGGAGCAUCCAUCGAUGUGGCAUCAAAAGAGACGAGAGGGGCAGCCCUCAUUGUACAAACAAUGGCCAUUUCCAUUUUUUUUUUUAACAUGCUCUGCCUUGGUGCGACGUGAAGGAAAGAAUUGACAUUCGGGGUUUUCGAUUUGUAAAAGCAAAUUCGCAGGCUAGAUAUUUUUUUUUUCCUUUUCCUUUUUUUCUUUUUGUUCCAACUGUUUUAUUGUGCUUUAGCAGAUUUGUUAAUAAACCCAGUUUUAAGUCACUGUA